AUCAGAUAUGUGCCACAAUUGUCUCUUUGCUGAAAAUCUUAAUUCUAAGUGGGUUCACUAGUUGUUUGGUAAUGGUUAAACAGAUCAAAUGCAUAAAUGUUCCAAUCACAACCGAACUUCAAAAUAUGACUUGGAAGACAAAGCCAUGUGGAGUUUCAAGUGCUUAUGACUCCAAAUAUGUACCAAACGUACCCAAACUCCUUCAGAUCCAGUUAUUUAGAAGCCUUAGAUGUAAACGUCCCCAUGAGUCAUUCCUCUCUAUAUAUAGGUAACAUAACCACUCAGCUAAAUCAUCGAGUCCUCGCAUUCUCUACUAAAAAAUAUUUUGUGAACUCUAUACAUUGAAAGAUCAGCAUGGCAUUUAGAUUGCCUGGUUUUGUUCAGCGAAAGAAGGCUCUCCGCAGAUCACUUUCAGGCAUUAAAGAAGCAGCUUUGAAGUCCACAAACAUUCCAAAAGGCCACUUUGCAGUCUAUGUUGGAGAGGAGCAAAAAAACCGAUAUGUAGUACCUCUUUCGUACCUAAAUGAGCCUGCAUUUCAAGAAUUGCUAAGUAUGGCUGAAGAAGAAUUCGGAUAUGAGCAUCCAAUGGGCGGACUCACAAUUCCAUGCAGAGAAGACAUAUUCAUUGAUUUCACUUCUCAGUUGAAUUGACUGUAAAUCAUAGCACUAACAUAAUUUGGUAGAAACAAUUUUGUAGAUCAUAUAUUUUUACCACAUGAGAAAGUUGUGAAAAGAAAUUUCUCAUUUGUGCCUACAUCUUAUUCUUUCAUUUGAAAUCAAUUCUAUUUUGCUUGCUUCAAUCUCCUAUUGGCCUUUAGCAGAUAAGUACUUAGAAUUAAUCAUACGCAGUUCUUAA